GCUCUCUCUCUCUCUCUCUCUCUCUCUCUCUCUCUCUCUCUCUAUUGCCGCCGACCGACCGACACUUGCAGCCAUUUUACGCAGGAUGAACCCAAUCAUGUCGUGAGGGAAGCUCGCUGGUCACCUGGGCAGAGCCAGCAGCCCGCCGCGCGUCCCGGUGGUCGCACACAGGCGACAGGUCCGGCCAAAAUGGUGAAGAGGAAAAGCCUGGACGAGAACGAGCCGGAGUGCGGGAAAGGAAUACCGUUCCCCAUCCAGACCUUCCUGUGGAGGCAAACCAGUGCAUUUCUGCGCCCAAAGUUGGGGAAACAGUAUGAAGCAUCUUGUGUGUCCUUUGAGCGGGUGCUGGUGGAGAAUAAGCUCCACGGGCUGUCGCCGGCCCUGUCAGAGGCCAUCCAGAGCAUCUCCCGCUGGGAACUCGUCCAAGCAGCCCUGCCUCAUGUACUCCACUGCACCUCCAUCCUGCUGUCUAACAGGAACAAGCUGGGCCACCAGGACAAGCUGGGUGUGGCCGAGACCAAGCUGCUCCACACACUGCACUGGAUGCUGCUGGAGGCUGCCCAGGAGUGCAACCACGAGCCCAGCCUGGGCCACGGCUGGUCCGCAGGUAGCAGCAGCAGUGCCUUCCUCCAGCCUGUGGGGAACCAGGGAUCAUCCCCGGGGGCUCCUGGCUCUUGCUCCGGCUCUGCCCUAGGAGGGUCGGGGCCCCAGCACAGCGGUUCGUUGCUGGAGGAGGAUGAGAAUGCUCGGACCAAGCUGUUUCACAAAAGUAUGGCCACCGUGGAGCUGUUUGUGUUCCUGUUUGCACCGCUUAUUCAUCGGAUAAAGGAGUCGGACCUGACCUUCCGAUUGGCCAGCGGUCUUGUAAUAUGGCAGCCGAUGUGGGAGCACCGGCAGCCUGACAUUCCUGCCUUUACUGCGCUCAUCAAACCCGUCAGAAACAUUGUGACAGCAAAGAGAAACUCCCCAGUCAACAACCAGUGUAGCCCCUGCGGAUCAGGCAACCCGGGUCCCAUGGGCUUCCAGGUGGUUUGUGAAGCGGCCCAAUCAGAUUCCUCCUCCCCCUCAGCUGGAGAGCAGAGCUGUCGUCGUGGUAACUCGGUCGAGAAAGGUGGCCCUUCCCAACAACCCCCACCAGUCAAAGGCCCUUCCAAGAAAAAGACAUCAGCCCCUGCUGGCCUGCCAACCUCCCUGGCACAACGAGCGCGCUACGCCACCUACUUUGACGUGGCAGUGCUGCGCUGCCUCCUGCAGCCACACUGGACAGAGGAGGGUGUACACUGGGCCUUGAUGUUCUACCUGCAGCGCCUGAGGCAGAUCCUCGAGGAGAGACCUGAGCGUCCCCCGGAACCCUUGGUCACGCCUCUGCCACGGCCGCGAAGUAGCUCCAUGGUGGCUGCCACACCGUCACUGGUCAACACCCACAAAACUCAGGACAUGAGUCUGAAAUGCAACGAAGAGGGGAAAUCUCUUAGCACAGAGACGUUUGCGAAGGUUUCUCUGACCAACCUGCGUCGACAGGCAGUCCCCGACCUCGCCUCUGACCUGGGCAUAAACAUCUUCAAGAAGUUUAAGAACCGGCGUGAGGACCGUGAGAGAAAGAGCUCCAUCCCCUUCCAUCACACGGGGAAAAAGCGCCAGCGCCGCAUGGGGGUUCCUUUCCUGCUCCAUGAGGAUCACCUGGACGUAUCGCCCACCCGCAGCACCUUCUCCUUUGGAAGCUUCUCCGGCCUCGGUGAUGAUCGGCGGGCUCUGGACCGCGGAGGCUGGCAGGCCACCAUCAUGGGCAAAUUCACACGGAGGGGCAGCAGCGACACAGCUGCAGACGCCGACAGCCUGAGUGCCAAACACUCUCAUUCCCACCACUCUCUGCUCAGAGACAUGCCCGACCACUCCAACAGCCACAGCGAUAACACCGUCAAAGAGGUUCGAUCUCAGAUCUCCACCAUUACGAUGGCGGCAUUCAACACCACAGUGGCAUCCUUCAAUGUUGGCUACGCCGAUUUCUUUACCGAGCACAUGAAGAAGCUCUGCAACCCCGUCGCUGUCCCUGAGAUCCCUGUGGAGCCUCUGGCCUGCGCCAACCUGCCACGCAGCUUCACCGACUCCUGCAUCAACUACUCCUGUCUGGAGGAAGGGGAGAACAUUGAGGGGACCAAUAACUUUGUGCUGAAGAACGGCAUGCUGGACCUCACUGCAGUUUUGCGGGCUCUCUAUGCUGUCCUCAGCCACGACAUCAGCUCCAGGAUCUGCGAUGUGGCCCUCAACAUCAUCGACUGCUUGCUGCAGCUGGGCGUGGUUCCCGGCAUGGGCAAGAAACUGUCCAAGCCCGACAACAAGGAGAACCAGGAGGCACGAGCAAAAGACGCAGCGGGCCAGGGCCUCGGGGGAGGCGCCCAGGGAGGCGGGGCAGUCCCGGGUGCAGGAGCUGGUGGAGGGGGAGAUGGAGGCGGAGGUGGAGGAGGAGGCGGCAGUGGUGGAGGGAGUGGGCAGGGGAGCAAGGAUGAUGUGAAGAAUAACAAGGAUAAUGAUAAAAAGGGAGAGGGCUCUGGCUUCAGCACCCACCGCCUGGCUCUGACCAUGCUGAUAAAGAUAGUCAAGUCCCUGGGUUGUGCCUACGGCUGUGGCGAGGGACACCGCGGACUGUCUGGAGACCGCCUCAGGAUGCAGGCCCAGAACUGCCUGACCAGCCUUUACAAGCUGGACAAGGUGCAGUUUCGACAGACAAUGCGCGAGUACGUCAACAAAGACUCUCUCAAUAAUAUUGUGGACUUCCUGCAUGCGCUGCUGGGCUUCUGCAUGGAGCCCAUUACUGACAACAAGGCGGGCUUCGGGAACAACUUCACCACAGGGGACAACAAGUCCGUGGCGCAGAAUAUGGAGGCAGUGGUGGUGGGAUGCAUGUUCAAGUCCCUCAUCACCCGCUGCGCCUCCACCACACAUGAGCUGCACAGCCCCGAGAACCUGGGCCUGUACUGUGACAUCCGCCAGCUGGUGCAGUUCAUUAAGGAAGCCCAUGGAAACGUGUUCCGCAGGGUGGCGCUGAGCGCGCUCCUGGACAGCGCAGAGAAGGUCACCACCACUAAGAAACCGGAAGAAAAGGAGGAGACCAAACAGCCCGGACACAGGAGGUCCGAGGCGGGUGUGUCCGGGGAGAAGGGUCAGGUGUCCAGUGCUGCAGAUGAGUGUCGCAGCUACAUCUCCAGUAGACCCCCCCAGACACCCGAACAUGAUGAACAGAUCCCAGGUGCUCUGCUGGGCAGGAAGGAUUUUUGGAGGAAGAUGUUCAAGUCGCAGAGUGCCGCCAGUGACACCAGCAGCCAAUCAGAGCAGGACACCUCUGAGUGCACUACUGCCCACUCUGGCACCACCACUGACCGGCGCUCUCGUUCCAGAUCGCGCCGCAUUUCGCUUCGCAAGAAGCUGAAGCUGCCGAUAGGCAACUGGCUGAAGCGUUCCUCUCUUUCUGGACUGACUGAUGGUGUUGAGGACCUGCUCGAUAUCAGCUCAGUGGAUCGACUCUCCUUUAUACGGCAGAGUUCAAAGGUCAAGUUCACCAGUGCGGUGAAGCUGUCAGAGGGCGGUGCGGUGGGGCCAGAGUACGCCAGGGACGAGGAGGAGAAUUUCUUCAAGCGGCUCGGACCCCACGGUUUUCAAGAGCGUCUCGCAGCCAGCCAGGAGGCCAUGAAGAACAAGAAUGUGGUGAAUUUGGGCGCCAUUCGACAGGGCAUGAAACGCUUUCAGUUCCUCCUGAAUUGCUGUGAACCGGGAACCAUACCUGACGCCUCCAUCCUCGCUGCUGCUCUGGAUCUGGAAGCUCCAGUAGUGGCCCGGGCCUCUCUCUUCCUUGAAUGCGCACGAUUUGUCCACCGCUGCAACCGUGGCAACUGGCCAGAGUGGAUGAAGGGCCACCAUGUAAAUAUCACCAAGAGAGGCCUGUCCAGGGGCCGAUCCCCUGUUGUGGGCAACAAAAGAAACCAGAAACUCCAGUGGAACGCUGCCAAACAUUUCUGCCAGUGGGGAGACGCAAUCGGCACAAGGCUCAGCGAACUCUGUCACUCUGACAGCGAAAGUCCUGCAAAUAUCCUGGGUUACAUUUUUGAUGAAGAGACCAAACGGAGAAUGAGAAAAGAAGACGAGGAAGAAGAUUAUUUAGAUGACAACACAGUCAACCCUACGAAAUGUGGCUGCCCCUUUGCUCUCAAGAUGGCUGCCUGCCAGCUGCUGUUGGAAAUCACCACUUUCCUACGAGAAACCUUUCCGUGCUUACCACGCCCACGCACUGAACCACUCGUGGAUCUGGAUAGCUGCCGCCUGCGUCUGGACCCGGAGCUCGGCCGCCACCGCUACGAGAGAAAGAUCAGCUUUGCGGGCAUCCUUGAUGACGAGGACGGACACGACUCACUCAACAGCAGCAGCCAUACACUGAAAUCUGACACCACAUGCGAUGACAAGAAGACGCAGGAAGCUCAAGCACCCAUCCGUAAGAUUCGUAUCGGAGGCUCACGGCUGCUUCAGAUCAAAGGGGCUCGCAGUUUCCGUGUAAAGAAAGGGGGCUCCCUGUCUUCCAUACGCCGAGCGGGGAGCCUCAAGAGCACCAAGCUAUCACGGCAGGACUCUGAGUCGGAGAACGAAGAAGGGCUCCUAUCACAAACACACAGCAGGGAUACUGUUACUGACAUAGGCAGCCCAUUUAGCACAAGUGAACCCAGCAUAGAACCAGAGGGCCAGGGCUCAGGAGGAGCAGAGGACAACUACCACCGCAACAUGUCCUGGCUCCAUAUUAUGAUCUUGCUGUGCAACCAGCAGAGUUUCAUCUGCACCCACAUAGACUUCUGCCACCCACGCUGCUACCAGCACCACAGCCGCUCCUGUGCCCGUCUGGUCCGCGCCAUCAAGCUUGUAUACGGCGAGACGGUGGACAGCCUGAGAGAGGACAGCACCCCCUCUAGUAACAUUGGUACACGUGCCAAGAAGAAUAAAGAGUGUUCAGACAAGUCUUGCCUGAGGACCCCGUCCAUGAAGAGAAGACCCACUGAUUCCAACACAGAAGGGAAGAAGGAUACCGGGAUGCUCAAGUACAUACGCAACCAGGUGAUGAGCUUGUCACCAGCUCCUCUUUCGCUGCUGAUCAAGGCAGCUCCCAUCCUAACUGACGACAUGUAUGGAGACGUCCAGCCCGCAGCCUGGGAACUCUUGCUCAGUGUGGAUGAACAUAUGGCAGCUGCUGCUGCUGCCAUGUUCCUCCUGUGUGCGGUAAAGGUCCCCGACGCGGUGACCGAAAUGAUGAGGGCAGAGUUCCAUCACCAGGAGGCCUGCCAGCGCAUCAACUCCAUUCUGAAGUUUUAUACGCUGUGGCGUUUCCGCUACCAGGUGUGGCCUCGCAUGGAGGAAGGAGCCCAGCAGAUCUUUAAGAUCCCUCCACCCAGCAUCAACUUCACCCUACCAUCCCCUAUACUGGGCAUGCCAUGUGUCCCCAUAUUUGACCCCCCCUGGGUGCCCCAGAACACAGGCAGCGUCCAGGACCCAAUCAAUGAAGACCAGUCUAAAUCCUUCUCGGCGCGGGCGGUGUCGCGUUCCCACCAGCGGGCCGAGCACAUCCUGAAGAACCUGCAGCAGGAGGAAGAGAAGCGGCGUCUGGGCCGCGAGGCCAGCAUUAUUACGGCCAUCCCGGCGGCUCAAGAGGCCUGCUACGAGCCCACAUGCAGCCCCCCGCCUGAGCAAGAGGAAGAAGCAGAAGAAGUGGUGAACCUGGCAUCACGCCGUCUGUCAGUCAGCCCCUCCUGUGCCUCCAGUAACUCCCACAGGAACUACUCUUUCCGUCGGGGCUCAGUGUGGUCUGUUCGCUCAUUGGCCAGCGCUGAAGAUGAAGAAAACACAACAGAACACACUCCUACUCACCACAUGUUACAGCCGCCCCAAGCUGUCUUCCCAGCAUGCAUCUGUGCUGCAGUCCUACCUAUAGUGCACCUCAUGGAGGACGGGGAGGUUCGAGAAGAUGGUGUGGCAGUGAGUGCUGUUGCCCAACAAAUCCUUUGGAACUGCCUGAUUGAAGAUCCAGCUCUGGUUCUCCGUCACUUCCUGGAAAAACUGACAGUGAGCAACCGACAGGAUGAGCUGAUGUACAUGCUGAGGAAACUCCUGCUCAACAUUGGAGAUCUGCCGGCCCAGACCUCUCACAUCCUCUUCAACUAUCUGGUGGGACUUAUCAUGUAUUUUGUGCGGACUCCAUGUGAGUGGGGAAUGGACGCAAUCUCGGCCACCCUGACCUUCCUGUGGGAGGUGGUGGGCUAUGUGGAGGGUCUCUUCUUCAAGGACCUGAAGCAGACCAUGAAGAAGGAGCAGUGUGAGGUCAAACUGCUGGUCACUGCAUCCAUGCCAGGAACCAAAACACUGGUGGUGCACGGUCAGAACGAAUGUGACAUCCCAACACAGCUUCCGGUUCAUGAAGAUACUCAGUUUGAAGCCCUGCUCAAGGAGUGUCUAGAAUUCUUCAACAUUCCUGAGGCCAGAUCGGCACACUACUUCCUCAUGGACAAACGAUGGAACCUCAUCCAUUACAGCAAGACAUAUGUAAGAGACAUCUACCCCUUCCGAAGAUCAGUCUCUCCCCAGCUCAACCUGGUCCACAUGCUCCCUGAGAAAGGACAGGAGCUUAUCCAGAAACAGGUGUUUUCCCGUAAACUCGAGGAAGUUGGUCGGGUCCUCUUCCUCAUCUCCCUCACACAACACAUGCCAGCUGUGCACAAGCAAUCCCACGUCUCCCUUCUGCAGGAAGACCUACUCCGCCUGCCGUCCUUCCCUCGAACUGCCAUCGAUGCAGAGUUCUCGCUGUUCAACGAGCCACAAGGUAAGGAGCUGUUUGGUUUGGAUACCCUUCACAAGGUGCUGUGGAUCAAGCUGCUGGAGGAAAUGUUUCUGGGCAUGCCCAGUGAGUACCCGUGGGGCGACGAGAUGAUGCUGUUCCUGAACGUCUUCAAUGGGGCCCUGCUGCUGCACCCGGAGGACAGCGCCCUUCUCAGGCAGUACACAGCCACCGCCAUCAACACCGCCGUUCACUUCAACCAUCUGUUCUCCCUGAGCGGCUACCAGUUGAUCCUGCCAACCAUGCUGCAGGUCUAUGCUGACUAUGAGAGCGACCCUUUACUGAGGCAGGGCAUCGAGUUCUGCUGCCGGCAGUUCUAUGUUCUCCACCGCAAACCCUUCAUCCUGCAGCUGUUUGCCAGUGUGGCUCCACUGCUGGAAUUCACAACCAGCACCAGCACUGGUCUGUCUAAAGGAGUGUCAGCUCAGUGUCUGUUUGACCUGCUGGUCUCUCUGGAGGGGGAGACCCAUGACGCCCUGGAUGCUCUGGAGCUGGUUAAGGCUGAAAAACCUCUACGCUCUCUGGAUUUUUGUUAUGGUAAUGAAGACUUGGCAUUUUCCAUCAGCGAGGCCAUUAAGCUGUGUGUCACUGUGGUCGCCUACGCCCCUGAAUCCUUUAGAAGUCUCCAGAUGCUAAUGGUACUGGAGGCCUUGGUCCCCUGCCACCUCCAGAAGCUGAAGAGCAACACGGUGACAAUGGAGUCAGCCUCGGCUGCCAGGGACGAGAUCGCUGCCAUCGCGGCUUUGGCCACAUCCCUGCAGGCCCUCCUCUACAGCUCAGAGGCCCUCACAAGGCCCAUGACCGCCCCCCAGAUGUCCCGCUGUGAUCAGGGCCAUAAGGGGGGCACUACAGCUAACCAUGCCAUGUCAGGAGGUGUCAACACCAGGGACAACCUCCACCUGCUGGAGGAGGGCCAGGGAAUGCCGAGGGAGGAGCUUGACGAGCGCAUUGCCAGGGAGGAGUUCCGCCGGCCACGGGAGUCCCUGUUAAACAUCUGCACAGAGUUUUACAAGCACUGCGGACCGCGACUCAAAAUCCUACAGAACGUCGCCGGUGAGCCGCGGGUCACGGCCCUGGAGCUGCUGGACAUCAAGUCCCACAUGAGGCUGGCAGAAAUCGCCCAUGCCCUGCUGAAGCUGGCACCCUAUGACACCCUGACCAUGGAGAGCCGAGGGCUGCGGCGCUACAUCAUGGAGAUGCUGCCCAUCACCGACUGGUCGUCAGAGGCCGUCCGCCCCGCCCUCAUCCUCAUCCUCAAGAGGCUGGACCGCAUGUUCAACAAGAUCCACAAGAUGCCCACGCUCAGGAGACAAGUGGAGUGGGAGGCAGCCAGCAGCCUGAUCGAGGGGAUCUGCCUGACCCUGCAGCGACAGCCAAUCAUCUCUUUCCUCCCACACCUUCGCUCGCUGAUCAACGUCUGUGUCAACCUGGUGAUGGGUGUGGUUGGUCCGUCCAGCGUGGCAGAUGGGCUUCCUCUUCUCCACCUCAGCCCCUACCUGUCCCCUCCGCUGCCCUUCAGCACAGCAGUGGUCCGACUGGUUGCCUUGCAGAUUCAAGCCUUGAAGGAGGACUUUCCUCUCAGCCAUGUGAUCUCACCCUUCACCAAUCAGGAGAGACGAGAGGGGAUGCUACUCAACCUGCUCAUUCCCUUUGUGCUCACUGUGGGCUCUGGGAGCAAAGAUAGCCCCCACCUGGAGCAGCCCGAGAUCUUUCUGCUCCUCCAGACGGUCAUCAACAUUCUCCUGCCUCCCCGGAUCAUCUCCACCUCCCGCACCAAGAACUUCAUGCUGGACGCUUCUCCGGCUCACUGCUCCACCCCAGGCGACACAGGGAAGGAUCUGCGCAGAGAGGGGUUAGCCGAGUCUACCAGCCAGGCUGCAUAUCUGGCUCUGAAGGUGGUGCUGGUUUGCUUUGAGCGCUCGUUGGGGAACCAGUGGUACCGGCUGAGCCUGCAGGUGAAAGAGAUGGCUCUGAGAAAGGUGGGCGGCUUGGCCUUCUGGGACUUCAUUGACUUCAUUGUGAGAACCCGUAUCCCUAUCUUUGUCUUGCUGAGACCCUUCAUACAGUGCAAGUUGUUGACCCAGCCUGCUGACUCCCAGGAAGAGAUCACAGCACGUCACCACAUCGCUGACCAGCUGGAGCGACGCUUCAUCCCGCGACCCCUUUGCAAGAGCUCAUUGUUUGCGGAGUUUAACAAUGAACUCAAGAUCCUCAAGGAGGCUGUGCACAGCGGCUCUGCCUACCAGGGCAAGACAUCCAUCAGCACGGUGGGCACCUCUACAUCAGCCUAUCGCCUCAGUUUGGCAACAAUGUCGCGCUCCAACACCGGCACAGGCACGGUUUGGGAGCAGGACAGCCAACCAUCACGCCAGCCCUCCCAAGACACACUCAGCCGCACUGAUGAGGAUGACGAAGAGAAUGACUCCAUGAGUAUCCCAAGCGUGGUGAGCGAGCACGAGGCCUUCUUGCCCAGGGUGAUAGCACAGCGGCGUUUCUCCAGCCACGCCACCGGCUCAGCCACGUUGCAACCCGAGGUCCCCCGCACCACCAUGCUGCCCAGCCACAGUGAACCCAAUGUGCUAGAUGAGUCCCAGGGCCUUCUGCAGGAGGGUAACCUCUCUAGGGUUGCCAGUGUGCAGAGUGAACCAGGCCAGCAGAACCUUCUGAUCCAGCCUCCGUUAGGAAGAAAACGAGGCCUCAGACAGCUGCGACGCCCCCUGCUGUCCAUCCCAAAGAAUGAACCCCGUGGUCGAUCCGGAGCGAGGCUCUCUACAACCCGCAGGAGCAUCCAGCCCAAGAACAAACCACUGGCGCAUGGAGACCAAAAGAGGUCAGUGACCUUUACAGAGAAUCAAGGCCAGCAGCCGUCUACUCCCAGCGCUAUGGAGCCUCCAGGUGAGGACAGAAAGGCCAGUCCUGCCCUUUCAAAGUCCCCAACACUGGAAGUGCCCUCUACCUCGUCAGCCACGGUCACUGCCGACCUGCACGGCCCUGCUAACACACAGGUAGGAGCAGCAGAGGGAGGACUGGAGCAGGGGUGGGUACGUAACUUAGAUGAGUUAUGUCCUGUAAAUGUGUUCAAGAGUUGGAGACAUACACGUUCUUACAAAGUCGAAAGUACAGGAACAAAGUGUAUUCUCACCCAGGUCCCUCCAGCCAUAAGCAGCAAGGAGAAGAGAGAGCAGUGGAACCUCCGCAGCAACCUCUCCCCUCCCCCCUCCAUCUCCCGCCCUUCCACCCCAACACCCCCAUCCCGUACCUGCUCCCCGCUGCCCCUCUCCCGAACCUGCUCCCCUCUCCCCUUGUCUCGCACCUCCUCCCCUCUUCCUCCACCGCUCCCGGUGCUGGGCACAGCACCCGCCCCGGGCCCCCCGCCACCUCCACCGCUGCCACCGACCCCUCUCCUGCCUCCCCCGCCGCCGGGGCCGCACAGGAUCAGAGAAAGCCCCGGGGAUGAGGACACGACGGCUCUCCUGCCGCGCAGCGACACCCUGCUGCAGCUCAGCGAGGACGAUGGCACAGAGAACCCUCUCCUCACCCCGCUGCUGUCCCAUUCCUCGCCCCGCCGGUCGCCCCGCCGCUCACCCCUGCCCCUCUCCCCCGUCGACCUGGACCUGGACGAGUCCCACGUGUGAGAGGAUUGUAUUUUUCUAUCUGUAGCCCAAGCCAAAUGCCAUACAGAUACCUGCAGGGUACAAAUAACAGGGAGGCUGCGCGGCACACAUUUCUAAACAUUUAUGAGUAAUAACAGAAAAGUGUACAUUUAGAUUUGACUGACAAUCUAAAAGUACCUAGUUGGAAAGAAAGGGAAUGUUCAGACAGGAGAAGUCUGUUUUUCCACACUAACCCCCUGCCUCUUCAAGUAUGUCUACAACCCACUGACUUGAUUUCAUUUUCCCCCUCAGCUUUGCCCUGAAGCUAAGCUGCUCUCUCCUCUGUGUAGUUUAGUUUAGUUUUAACUUAAGUGUUCACUCCUAAAAAGGAUCCUUCCUCUCUCUGUAUCUUUUUAGUGUUGAAUAUCAACAUGAAAAUCAUUACCUGUUCUUAUGGCUACACACCCUGUGGGUUGAAUGUAUACUUCAGCAGCAAUCUACCUUUGUCUCCUUUAUCAUAGAAAUAUGAAAUCGUGUGAUCAAAGAUUUAUUUUUUAAUUAUAUUUUAUGUUACACAAAAUUAUUAAUGAAGGUAAAUAAUUAUUAAAGAUCAGAAAUGGUUAAUUGAUUGAUAUUUAACUAAUGAAUGCGUCUAAUAAUUAAACGUUUAAGAGGUCUAUCACAGAGAAAUUUAAAAAAAAGGAGAUAUAACUUUUACAUGUCUAAAGUGUUGCAAAGAUUAUAAAGGGAUGCAGAACUUGUAUAAAUAGUAUAUUAAGAGCCAUUCUAAAGCUAUGGGUGAAAUGAAGCUGAUGAUAUACAGUAAAUAUACAACACAGUAUAUGUAUAUUAAACACUCUGUGAUCAACAGGAGCAGGAGAUGAGAGAUUUUAUAUUUUAGAAGAUUAUUAUUAUUCAGUAUGAUGAUAAAGCUGUAAAAAUGUUCAUGGAACAAGUCGAGUAGAUUACAAAUUCCCCACUUAAAUCCAGUGCUACUCCAGUGUUUGUUUUUAAAGGGGAAUUCCACUUUUUUCUUAUCCAGACAUGUUCAAUUUGAUUUAGUAUUUCACAUCUUUCAUAUUCCACAUGAUUAAAUAAAUUCAAUGAGGGCUAAAUUCAAUCAGGGUGGGGAGAACCCAUUUAAAUUAAGUUUAGAUGAUCUUUGAAUGCGUUUGGUCUGUCUUGUCAUUUGAUUUUAUGUAGUUUUUUAGGUGCACUGGAAAUUGUCCAGAAAAAGGAGGAUUUAAACACCAAAUCCACCACUGACUUGUUCAGCGAACAUUUUAACGCAGUUCAGCGGCAGAUAAACCAAUCAUUGUGCAAUCAUAAUGUCAAACAUAUCCCACUAAUUCUACAGUGUGUGUUGUGCUGCUCAGUGUCUAAACAGACUAUUUUAAGUUUGACCAAAGACUGUAUCUUUAGCUUGUGUUUCAGUGGUCUAAAAUAUGAAUUCAGAAAAACAUGUAACAUUUACUCAGUCACUCGUCCUGAUGUUGCAGCGCUGGUUUAGUUUGUGUGUCUGUGAUGUUGUCAAACGCUCACAGACUCCUUUAAUUGCAACUGUGAUGAAGCGAUGCAGUAGAUGGCUGUUACCUCGUUGCUCAUUCCAUGCCUUAACAGAGAGAUAUUAACAUAUUAACGUCUGUCAAUAUACACAUGUCUGUUUGUAUUGAGUUUAUUCUGUAAACCUGAAAAAGAUGUUGCAUAUCUAAGAUCAUUUAUUUUAAGAUAAAACACACUUUUUGUUUGUAAAACUAUCUUACCUUGCUUUCAUGUAGAAGUCUGUUGCAGUCUAUUAAUGACUGAUCAUGUGACUGAUUAUAAUGAUGAUGUUAAAUCACAUAGUGCAGGAUCGAUAUGUGCCAUAACCCACGCCAACGCACUGUGAGUGUUUUGUUAUCGGCUGCUUCUCUCUACUGUGUGUCAGUGCUGUAAUUUACGUUGUUUGUUUGGACUAUUUGUGAAACUAUUGUAAUCAUUUGGGUACAUAGAGAUUGUGUACUGUUUACGCAUUAUGCAGUGUGAAUAGAGAGGAAAUAAUAUUUACAUUGUAUUCUUAAUAAAACACAUAUUACCCCCCUGUUUCUAGCUAAUUUAAGACCCAAAAUGUUUGAGAGUACGCCAGAGUAAAAGCAGUAAGUAAAUGUUUCUGUAAUGCAUUCUUGUCCCGUCAUGUCAGCUCAACACAUUCUUAGUUUAAUUUAUUUUUUUAACACAAUGCAAAACAUCUAUCUCAAUCUAUCUAUCUCAAAUCCAUUAAACACACAUUGAACCGUACAUCACAUUAAAGUCUUACAAAGAAAUACAAAGAGGUUUGUAGUCAGAAGGCCAUUGAACUGUUGAAUCUAAGUUCCCUUUAAAUGUACCGUGUCUGUGUCAAAUUAUGUCUUCUUUGUGCAAAGUUAGAAUAAACGACAGUAUAUCAGAAUAUUUCUGGAAUAUCUAAAUAAAUGGAUAUUGUUUACAAUGUU